UUUUCAAAUGACAUCUCUCGACUUUUACAGGCUCUUGGGACCAUUUUUCAAGAGCAAUUUUCCCUGCGUUACCCUGGGUUGGAAGCCCUUGAAUCUAGAGGAUUUAUUCUCGGUCAUUCUUACACGACCCCACAAUUUGUUGGACCACACAACCUCCUCUAUUUAAAUAAAUUGUAGGGGUACUUUCUUGAGAGCUUCGUCCUGGCGGAGAAUUUCCCUUGAAUUGGGCAGUGCACUAUUACCAGCUAGAGAUGUCUUGGCCAAAAGUUGUAUUGUUCGGCGAUUCUAUAACUCAGUUUUAGGUCACCGUGAAUAUGCUUAUCAAUGACUGAGGCACCUUGUUCCGGGAGAGGUGGAACAAGGAGCCUAGGCUGUAGUAAUGAUAGAGAGCAAAGAUGGUGGUGUUCAUCAGCAUCAGACAUCAUGGAGGUCAUCUUCGCCGCAUUCAUGGGGCUGAUCAACAGUCAUGACAGUUACUCUGUUAUUCCUGAGCAGGUUCAUCGUUCAUUAUUAUCUGAUCUCUUUUUUAUCUGGGAGACAGUUUUCGUUCAGUCAAGGAGGAUGGGGCGCUGCUGUAGCAGAUGCAUUACAAAGAAAGUGUGACGUUCUCAACCGUGGCUUUUCUGGCUACAACACCUCCUGGGCCAGAUUCAUCCUUCGACAAUGCUUCCCCGGGGAGAUGCUGACGGGAGUUGCCUUGGUUACCCUAUUCUUUGGAGCCAACGAUGCGAGCCUCAAGGAAGUAAACCGCAUCCAGCAUGUGACAUUGGAUGAUUACAGAACAAACAUGAAGGCUAUCUUGCAGUACUUCAUUGACGGAGGUCUUCAGGCCAACCAGGUAAUACUAAUUACACCCCCACCGCUGGGCGAAGAGAAAUGGGCCGUGGCUUGCAUGGAGAAGUAUGGAAGUCCAAUAAACCGGUCCAAUGCCAACACUGGCCUGUAUGCCAAGGCAUGCUGCUCCGUCGCUCAGGAGUUUGGGACAGGGCUCCUGGACCUCUGGACCUCGAUGCAGGAGGACAAACACUGGCUGAGGUUUUUCAACGAUGGACUCCACCUCUCUCAAGAUGGCUCCACGUUUGUGGCCGAGCGCCUAGUGAAGAUAGUCAAGGAAAGGACAAGUACUUGCCCACGAUGCUUCCGGACUGGAAGGACAUUGACGUUACCUGCCCAGAAAAGAGCCUCCUGUAGUGAAACAUUUAUGGGUGAACGUCUGGGGAUGAUUCCUUCAAAGGUGGUUGCCUGUUCCACAAAGUGACCACCUAGGUACUGGGAUUUUUGUUUUCACGGAAGUACACUUUACAGCACGGCAGGCUUUUGCUCUGGUGAAGUGCCUUCAGCAACCCGUCUUCAUUACGUUUGGAAGACACAGUGAUCAUUUUUACAAGAGAAUCCUAGAAUGUGCUUUUGUAAUAACAGAAAUAACAGAGGAAUUGUUUUCUUACUGUGCAUUAUUUGUUGUUCAUUUCUCUGAGAGAAAAAAUUGCAACUUUGUUAUUCUACAUGUAUGUCUUUUUGAUGAUGACCUAGAUUUUCGGGACAGGUUUUGUUCAAGACAGUUUUGGUUAAAGUUAGGAUGAUUUUAAAUCAGAGGAAGUGUGAAGCUGGGAACGCUGUGAGUGAAUACUUGGAGAGAGACUAGUAUUUUUACCCACAAGGUUCUUCUGCAGAUACGUCACCGAAGUUGACACUAGCAACUGUACACACUAAGCAUCACUGCUAACCAGUGUUCUAGCUAGGACCAUUUUAGUGCUGGGUAAAUUUUUGGAUUACAAAGCAUAGUGAGC